GGCUUUGGAGAAUGACUGGUGCUGGGGGCCGAGUCACACAGGUAACUAAGAAAAAAAAGAAAAAAAAACCUCAAGCAGGACUUGCUAUGGAGUUGGCGUGAAAGGACGACGGAUUUCCACCCUUCUUUACCAGUCUAACCAGUAUCUCUGGAUAGAGCUCUGUCAAGUACAGCAACAGGUGAAACCCUAGUGUUGUUUUUAUUUGACUCUUUGCUUUAAUUGUAGUUUUUACCCUUGUGGUCCCUGAUGGCUUCGCACAGUGAUACUCUGGUGGUGUUCUUUGGGGCAACAGCUGGUGCAAAUGGGGGUAAACUGGGUUCGGAUGAGAGGGAAAUAAUUCUCUUGGUGUGGCAAAUUGUGGACCUACGUGAGAAAAAGGUGGGCAAACUUCACAGAUGUCUUGUCAAGCCAGACUCUUUGGAGCUAACAGACCAGUGCAAGGAGGACACAGGCCUCACCUUGGAGGACAUCGUCAAUGCAGAACCCCUAGAUAAAGUUCUCCAAGAGUUCCAGCAAUCUGUGGCAUCGGAACUAAAGUGCCUCGAGAGGAGCUCUUACACUCUUUGUGUCAACAGCCCCCUUGUCAUCCGACAGGCCCUCCACCCAGAGGCUUCCAAAAAGAAUCUUGUCCUUCCCGAGUGUUUCUUCUCCUUUGUGGACUUCAGAAAGGAGUUUGAGAAAUGCUGCCCCAGUGCCGGCCCCGCAAACAAGCUGGAGCUUUCACCAAUGUUAGAACAUGUGGGUCUACCUGCAGUCUCAGAGCUGACGGGGGUGAGGGAAGUGAGGAGCAUGGUGGAGCUGACCCUCUGCAUCCUGGCUGAGCCUUACAAUCACAUUUUUUCCUGGGUGGAGAACGUAAAGUACAAGUUUGAUUCUGGCACAUGCAGUAAGACGGAGCCAGUGGACAGCGAGACGGUCAUCAGAGCACGAGGACUUCCAUGGCAGUCUUCAGACCAAGACAUUGCUCGCUUCUUUAAAGGACUCAAUAUCGCCAAAGGGGGCGUGGCCUUGUGCCUCAACGCUCAGGGCAGAAGGAAUGGCGAGGCCUUGGUUCGCUUUGUCAACGCUGAGCAUAGAGAUCUGGCACUGGAGCGCCACAAGCACCACAUGGGCAGCCGCUACAUCGAGGUGUACAAAGCCACCGGAGAGGAAUUCCUCAAGAUUGCUGGAGGCACGUCUAACGAGGUGACCCAGUUCCUGUCCAAAGAGAACCAAGUUAUCAUCCGCAUGCGGGGGCUGCCAUUCACUGUUACCCAGCAAGAAGUUCUGGAGUUUCUUGGCCCCGAGAGCCCGGUCACUGACGGCGCAGAGGGGCUGCUAUUUGUAAAGUACCCCGAUGGACGGCCCACCGGUGACGCAUUUGUGCUCUUCUCCUGCGACGAGUACGCCCAAAACGCCAUGAAAAAACAUAGGCAGAUCCUGGGCAAGCGCUACAUUGAGCUUUUCCGCAGCACUGCAGCUGAGGUCCAACAGGUGCUGAACCGCUACUUGUCCACCCCUCUGAUAUCCACGCUGCCCCCCUCGCCCAUUCUCCCCGUUCUUGCCACACCUUCCUACCUCCCGGCGGCCAGCCACACGCGUGACUGUGUCCGCCUCCGUGGCCUGCCAUACACGGCAGGCAUCGAAGACAUCCUGGAGUUCAUGGGUGAGCACACUGCUGACAUCAAACCCCACGGAGUCCACAUGGUCCUCAACCAGCAGGGCAGGCCUUCAGGCGACGCCUUCAUUCAGAUGAAGUCACCAGAUAAGGCCUUCAUGGUUGCGCAGAAGUGCCACAAGAAGACGAUGAAGGACCGAUACGUGGAGGUGUUUCAGUGCUCCACAGAGGAGAUGAGUAUCGUACUGAUGGGAGGAACCUUGAACCGCAGCGGCCUCUCACCACCGCCUUGCAAACUCCCUUGUUUAUCUCCCCCCACAGCCUACGCAGCCUUCCCCACGCCACCUGCCAUCCUUUCAGAGGCUGCCCUCUACCAGCCCCCACUGCUGGCCACUCCCAGGCCUCACCAGGCCACACACACCCCCACCUUGGCAUACUACCCUCCUCAACCUCACCUGUAUAUGAACAUGAACUACACGGCCUACUAUCCCAGCCCCCCAGUUUCCCCCUCCACAUUAAGCUACUUCACAGCCCCCCCAGCAAUGGCAGCAGCAGCCCAGCCUCACCCGGCAGCCGCCUCCUCGGUGCUGCCUCAGCCCGGUGCUCUGGUGCGGAUGCAGGGUCUUCCCUACAACACCGGCGUCAAGGACAUCCUCAGCUUUUUCCAGGGAUACCAGCUCCAGCCGGACGCCGUCCUCAUCUUGUACAACUUCAGCGGUCAGUGCAGCGGCGAGGCCUUGAUCACCUUCCCCAGCGAGGAGACUGCACGGCGAGCGGUGGCCGAGCGCUCCAACCAUGCCUUCUACGGCCAGCAGGUGCACCUGCUCUUCUGUCACUGACACACCUGCCGCCUUCACUUUCACUUUAUCAAGGAGGAAACGUCACCUGCAGACGGACUUGAUCGAGGCGGCUUCCGCCAAACCAAAGCAUUUGCCCGCACUUGAGCCUUUUUUGUUGCUGUCAGAAUUGAAUAACUAAGCAUUGAGUUUAUAGAAAGCAUGGACGUGCACAGCGUCCACCACUUGAAGGCUGCAGCUUCACAGCAGACGUCACAAGAACACAAAGCCAUACAAUUAUUGAAAGCGUUCAUUUUACAGUUUACAGAUAAACCAUUCUUCCAUUUGGACAUAAGCAAUCUUCAAAGAGUGGCGACUUUCUUGCCUCACACUGACGGGUAUCUUUUUCUUUGUGCCAUCCUUGGUGUGCACGCCACACUACCCAGAGUGCAACACUGGCCCUCGUAUUAUUAAUAUUAAUAAUAACUCUCUGGUAGCAGAGACGUGUAUUUAGUUACUUUUUUGUCAACUGUGAUAUAUAUGUGAAUUUAGAAUUGUGAAUAAGAAUGUCAACCAUAAAAAUAAAAAAAUGCUAACCAGGA